AUUCAAUUUUAAAAUUUAUUUUUGAGAAUUCAAAAUACAAAAAAAACUAAAAAUGUCUUCAAUUCCGGAAAAAUCAAAUUUACUUCGUGAAAAACGAAGCUUUUUCUUAAGAAGCGGUUCAUUUGAGAAAUUGAAAUGUUCAGCAAAAUAUCCAUUUCGAGUAGUUGGCGUUAAACUAUCAAAAGCUUCUGUUGUUGAGCUAGCUGAAUCAAUAAUUGCAAGAAGUCGCCUUCUAUCUCAAAGAUUAUUACUUAUACUUUUUAUAAUACUAUAUAAAGCUAUUUGUGCUACGUUAUCGAUAUUGGUUCGUACAUCAGCUAAUCCAUUAUCUGUUGUUGCUGUCUGUGAUAAACAAAAUAAGAAUACCACACUUGGAUUUUAUGAAAGAUUACAAAUAAAAGUUGAAAAAUUACAAAAACAUAAAAAACGCUUAGAUUCAUUAAAAAGUUCUGAUGAAAUUUAUGGUCAUAUUAUAAGAGAAAAUGUACAAAUUUUAAAAAUUCAACAAACAACACCAAUUACACCAAUUAUAACAUCAAAUUUACCAUCAACACCAAUAGCAACACCAGUAUCAAAAAAUUUAAAUAAUUUUAAUGAUUCAAUAAUCAAUAACAAUAAUAAUAACAAUAAUGUAAAAGAUGAUGAAUUUCAUGCUGAAAUAAAACGUUUACGAAAAUUAUAUGGUGAAAAAGAAUGUUCCUCAAAUAUAUUUGGAAAAAUUCAACAAUUUAGUGAAAUAAAUUUUAAUAGAAAUCUUUUGGAAACUAUAUUUUUAUAUCCAUUAGUAUAUGGAAGUAUUUUGAUUAUGUUAUGUCAAAUUUAUGUAUUAGGUUGUGUAUUAAAUUCAACAACAAUAACAUUAGGAUACAUAUUUUUAAUUGGAAGUUUAGGAAUAGUUGCCAUUAUAACAUUUAAGGUAUUUUUCUCAUAUAAACUUCAAAAAGACAAAACAACCUCAAAUAAUAAAAAGUUCAAUCAAUCAAAUGAACAAACAACAAAUCAAAAUAAUAAUGAUGUUAAUUUAAUAGCAACAUCAAAUACAGCAACGACAACUGAAGCAAAAAGACAAAGUCGUUCGAGACUGAAAAAAGAUAUUGAUUUGAGUAGUAAAACACUUAGUAAAAUAAAAUUACUUUGAAUUAUUCCAAAAGAAAAAUAUUCAAAAUUAAAUUAUAUUUAAGUUUAAUUAAUAUUAAAUUUUUUUUUUUUUUUAUAAAGCCGUAGUUUAAAUAGGUUUAUUAUGUUAUAAUUAAUGAAUAAUUAUGUAAUAAUUAAAAUGAAUCGUUUCCUAUAGAAUGUAUGUGUAUAUGAAGUAAAUUAAAAUGAAAUUAUGUUUUAAGUAAUUGUUUUUUUAAUUAAAAUGGGAAAAAGAAAUAAUUAAAAUAUUGUAAACUUUAUAUUUAAAAGAUAAAGUUAUACAAAAUAUUUAAAAAAGCUAGUAAAGAAAAAAAAUCUUUUUAACCAAAAACAUAAAAUUAAGAAUUAAUAAAAUCAAUUAAAGAAAAAAUAAAUUAAAAAUUAAAUUCAAAUUAAAAACUCAAAUAUUGUAAUUUACUUAUUAAAUAUCUGUUUUUUUUUUUUUUCAUUGCAAUUAAUUUAUAAUUUUUGUACUUUUUAUAAUUAUUUUAUUUAGCUUCAUUUUAAGAGGCAUAAUUCCGAAAUUUAAUUUAAUUUGUUUUUUUAUAAACAUAUUAAAUUUUGUUUUAACUUCUCUUAA